AUGAAAUCCGCAAAGUCAGUGUGGCGAGGUCUCCUCCGAGUCGGCCGCCUCCGAGUCGGCCGCAUCGUCGCAGGCCUGGAAAGCUUGUUGAUAGAGUUCAGUGGCCUUGCGUUGCACGCCACCUUCCAUCGCCUGCAUGCUUGCUGCGAUGGCUUCGCGCUUCCGGAGGAAAUUAUUGCGGGAUGCCUCGUAGGCGGCAGGAAUCUUCAGGGCUCGUUGAACUUCGUCGGACUGCAGGACCGCCUUUAG